AUGUCACAUCCCCAAACCCUCAACCUGUAUACCGUUAUGGCUCAAGUUCAGCUGAGAGCACCGACAUCCGACUGCAUCCUUCCCAUCUCUUCGAAGCGUCGCAAAACAACGAUGGCAUCAGGAAAGGACCCAGAGGUUGCCAGUGGCGUACUGAAGGACAUGGAGGGUGUGAGGGCGACAAGAAGCCGACUCGAAGCUAAUUACCUCCUCACCACGCCGCAUGUUCAUGGUCUUCUUUCUGCGCUCGGAGCCGAAGACCACCCAAGCAGCAAUGGCUUCAUUGCCGGCUCCGGACGACAUGCGCAAGUGGACGGAACAUGA